UCACAUUUUUCUAAUGGGAGCGCUUUUCAAAUCUUGGUAUUUUGGUAUAAAGAGAUAAUUUUCCAUUUGGGUUUCAUAAGUUUGGAUUCAUUUGAGUUCAUUCACGGAAGCGAAAGGACAAAACUUUUCCUAAUACUGGGUUCUACCGACAAGAGCUGACUUCGUCAAUCCUGAGUUGAAGUUUCUCAAGCAUGGUUCCGGCAAGGAACGGGUCAGCGAUACCAGUUCUUGGGUUCUUGAUAUGUGCAGCUUUCAUCUACCUCUCAUUCAGGGACUUGUGGCUGAAUCACAAGUGGAGAACGGAGAUAGGGUUUGUGAAACGGAACGGAACUCAGUUCGUGGUGGACGGUAAGGCUCUGUAUGUGAAUGGGUGGAACUCGUAUUGGUUCAUGGACCAUGCUGUGAAUGAACACAGUAGAUACCUUGUGAGUGAAAUGCUCGAAACUGGAGCCAAAAUGGGUCUCACUGUUUGUCGAACUUGGGCCUUUAAUGACGGUGGCUACAACGCUCUCCAGAUCUCUCCUGGCCGGUUCGAUGAGCGAGUCUUCAAGGCCUUGGAUCAUGUGAUUGCAGAGGCGAAGAAGCAUGAUGUUAGGUUGCUUCUUUGCUUAGUGAACAACUUGCAGGCGUACGGAGGGAAGUCACAGUAUGUGCAAUGGGCAUGGCAAGAAGGUGUUGGUCUCAGCUCCUCUAAUGAUUCCUUCUUCUUUGACCCAUCUAUCCGCAAAUACUUCAAGAACUAUCUCACGGCUCUGCUCACUCGCAAGAACUCAGUAACUGGAAUAGAGUACAGAAACGACCCAACGAUUUUCGCUUGGGAGUUGAUAAACGAGCCUAGAUGCACCUCUGAUGUCUCUGGCGACACUCUCCAAGACUGGAUAGACGAAAUGACAGGCUUCAUAAAAUCAAUUGAUGACAAGCAUCUCCUCACUGUUGGCCUUGAAGGCUUCUACGGUCCCAAUAGCCCGAAACGGCUGACAGUUAAUCCAGAAAUGUGGCCCUCUGAGCUUGGAACAGACUUUGUUCGAAACUCAAACUCCUCAAAUAUAGACUUUGCGUCCGUUCAUAUCUACCCUGAUCACUGGUUUCAUAACCAGACCUUUGAAGAGAAGCUAAAGUUCGUGGUGAAAUGGAUGCAAUCUCACAUCGAAGACGGGAUGAAAGAGCUCAAGAAGCCAGUCCUGUUCACGGAGUUUGGGCUCUCGAACCUGAACAAAGACUACGAGCCAUCGCAGAGAGAACGUUUCUACAGAACAAUCUUCGAUGUGGUGUACAAAUCAGCAAAGAGAAGGAAGGCAGGGGCAGGGACGCUGGUGUGGCAGCUGUUCAUGGAAGGCAUGGAAGGUUUCAACGACGAGUUUGGGAUUGUUCCACACGAACAAGACCCCAUGUAUAGGUUAAUGGUCGAACAAUCUUGCAGGUUGGGUAAAGUCACAGGACGUCGUGAGGAACAUAAGUUGAGAAAACUCUGUUCCCACAAACACUGAGAGAAUCAUAUGUACACUGAGUUGUUUUUUGUAUACAGUGAGAUCUGAUUCUAAUUUUGAUCCAACUCUUAUAAUAAAAAUUUACUU